AAAUGAAUAAACGAAACACCUAAUUGUUAGGGGAAAAAAUCCCUAAUUUCUCUUCGGUUUGGGGGGAAAAAAAGAAGAAAAACCUCCGGCGCUUUUCGGCGAUGGCGCAUGGAGGCUACGGUAAGCGGAGGGUGGCGGAACGGAAGAAUACGGCGGGAAGCAGUCGGAGAUCUAAGGGCUUGGGCGUGGAGAAGAAGCCUAAGAAUGUCUCUCUUAAGAACCAGAUUCGCUCCAUCGAGCGCAUGCUUCGUAAAGAUCUUCCUCCUGAAGUAAGAGUAGCUCAGGAAAAGAAGUUAGAAGACCUUAAGAGGCAGCAAGACAUCCAUACCCGUCUUGCUGUGGAACGUAAAAUAUUCCUCCGGAACAGAAAGAUAAAGUUUUUUGAGAGGAGAAAGAUUGAAAGGGGAAUAAGACGCCUUGAGAAACUGCAACGUGCUUCAUCUGGUCAUGUCCAGGACACUGAGAUAGCUGAGCAGCUUUCUAAACUCAAAGAGGACCUCGAGUAUGUUAGGUUUUUCCCCAAAAUUGAGAAAUAUGUCUCUCUAUUUACUGGUGGGGAUGAUUCAGAACUGACUGAGCGGAGAAAUAAACUGCGGAAGCAGAUCAAGGCCAAUAUGAUUGCUGCUUCUGCCAGUGGGAAAGAUUUGGAAGAGACGGGGAGUGAAGAUGAUGGGCUCUUGGAUUUGAGUGAUGAUGAUUUCUUUCUCAAUGGAAGUUCAAGUGAUGAAGCGGAUGCUGAUGAUGAGUGGACCGAUAAAAGCACAAGGGAGCCGGCUUCUAGUGCUUCUGGCAGAGCAACGUCUGGCAUGUCCAGUGAUGAAAGGAAUCAGAAGCAAAAUUCUGCAAGGGCUUUAAUGCCACCACCCCGAUCAAGAUCUGCCUCGACGUCGUCAAGGAAAAAUUCAUAUGGCCAGAGGAACGGGAUACCAACUUCCAACAACUCUUCACACAGCAGAGGCGAGUCUUCGCAUAAUGCAAGGGCCGCCUCCUCGGGUUCCCGGACGAGCCACAGUAGCAACCUGAGCUCAAAUUCUGAUGCCCAGAAACCGAGGAGGAAGAGAAGACCUAAGAAGAAGAAGCAACAGGCAUGAACAUGAACAUGAACAUGAUGAAAACUGGAACUCAUUCCAACAUUUGACAGAGACACCAAGAAGGUCCUAACACACAGUGGAAAGCCCUACUUCAAUCAAAUUCUCCAGGGGGGGCGGGGGGAGUUGGCAAGAAAGUAGGCCUUGUACUUUGGGAUUAUUCUCCAAUGCAUAUAUUAUUUGCUUUUUUUUUUAAUGUGGUCGGUCUUGAAAUUGAGAUGUGCCUUUGUUGUUGUUUUUUUGGUUCCAAACAAAUCAUAUAAACCCCUAAACUUUGGGCAGAAACAGGGUGUCGUUUUUUUUAAUUAUCAAAA